AACAAGUUCUCAUUGCUACUUCGUAACUGUUUGCAUGCAGACAUGACAACCAGACGCUGUUUCUUCAAAUGCGACUCCAACUCUUCUCUGCAUGGCCUGCCGAGCAGUGCCAGUUUGAGGAACAUGUGGCUGUCGUUUAUGUUUAGGACUGUUCCUCAGCAGUACAGCCCCAACAUCUUCCUGUGUUCCCGGCAUUUCAUUGAGGACUGCUUUGCUAACUGGACAAAAUUCAAGUUGGGAUUUGCAAAAAAACUGAUUCUGAAAGAAGGUGCAGUUCCUAGUCUUUUUGGCCACGAUGGAAGUUCACAAUCACAACCUAGUACAUUACAGACCACAAGUUCCAGUGUCCAAAUGAGUUCAUCAAGAUUCAAUGAUGCUGGGUGUCAGUCGGGAAGGGACUGCCAUAUGAAAAGCAAAGGCACACGGGCUACAUUGUUUCAGGUCAGUACUGGCACAGAGCCUGUUUGCACUGGUCCACAACUUGCCCUAUCAUCAACACCUACAGACAGCAACGCUUCCAGACCAAGUAAGAGGCCCCGUCUUCUGGAGGUGAAAGAGGAAGAAGAGGGAGAGGGAGAGACAUCAGCAGAAGCAGAGCUUAUUAUAUCAACCUUUAACCCUGGCGACUCUAUUAAAGAGGAGUCUGAAAUGUCAUCAACCGAAGUUGAGUCUAUUAGAUCAACCUUUAACCCUGGCGUCUCUAUUAAAGAGGAGUCUGAAAUGUUAUCAACAGAAGCUGAGUCUAUUAGAUCAACCUUUAAACCUGCCGACUCUAUUAAAGAGGAGUCUGAAAUGACUACAGUUGGGCCGCUGGUCACUUAUGGUGACACAAAAUACAUUGUGUUUGACUCGUGUCUGAGGGAACUAUUUGAAACCUGUCCCGUGUGUAAGAGGCAGUCGGAGGUCCAGCGGCAAAGCACGGGCACACUUGUGGCUUUUAAACAGCUUUGCCACAACUGCAACUAUUCCAGAAAGUGGCAGAGCCAGCCCAUUGUUGCCAGCACCCUUGUGGGAAAUCUGGAGUUAUCUGCAGCUACAAACUUCACAGGUGCUUCAUUCUUCCAGCUGGAGAAGGUAUGUAAGGCAUUACAACUCUGGAUUUUCCAGUAUGACAUCUUCAGGAGACAUGCAAGGAAUUUUUUGGAGCCAGCCAAUAUCCAUGAAUGGAAUAACAGUACAUUACAGACCACAAGUUCCAGUAUCCAAAUGAGUUCAUCAAGAUUCAAUGAUGCUGGGUGUCAGACGGAUUCCCCACACCAAGUCUCAGAGGGCACAGUACCUCCAAAUGGGUCAUCUGUCGGCACACAGUUGUCUUGGGGUACACUAAAGGACUGCCAUAUGAAAAGCAAAGGCACACAGGCUACAUUGUUUCAGGUCAGUACUGGCACAGAGCCUGUUUGCACUGGUCCACAACUUCCCCUAUCAUCAACACCUACAGACGGCAACGCUUUCAGACCAAGUAAGAGGCCCCGUCUUCUGGAGGUGAAAGAGGAAGAAGAGGGAGAGGGAGAGACAUCAGCAGAAGCAGAGCUUAUUAUAUCAACCUUUAACCCUGGCGACUCUAUUAUAGAGGAGUCUGAAAUGUUUACAGUUGGGCCGCUGGUCACUUAUGGUGACACAAAAUACAUUGUGUUUGACUCGUGUCUGAGGGAACUAUUUGAAACCUGUCCCGUGUGUAAGAGGCAGUCGGAGGUCCAGCGGCAAAGCACGGGCACACUUGUGGCUUUUAAACAGCUUUGCCACAACUGCAACUAUUCCAGAAAGUGGCAGAGCCAGCCUAUUGUUGCCAGCACCCUUGUGGGAAAUCUGGAGUUAACUGCUGCUACAAACUUCACAGGUGCUUCAUUCUUCCAGCUGGCGAAGAUAUGUAAGGCAAUACAGCUCUGGAUUUUCCAGUAUGACACCUUCAGGAGACAUGCAAGGAAUUUUUUGGAGCCAGCCAAUAUCCAUGAAUGGAAUAACGAUCAACAGGUUGCAGUUUGCGGUGACAUGCGAGAGGACUCGCCUGUGUGGCUCGCGGUCCAGGAGGAGCUCCUCGGAAACGGCGGAGCGGACUUCGGGGCUCCGAGCUGUUUUGAUGAGUUUGACGAUGAAGCUUUGUUCCAGGUGUUCAACCUCAGCAGACCCUGCAUCAGUUUCAUUCUGGACGCUGCGCGCAUCCGCAUGAAAACGUUGGCUCUGAAGAACCCAACGCUGUCCGUGGACGAGAUGGUUAUGGUGGCGUUGAACUAUUACGCACACGGAGUCCCCUCACCCUGUGUCCUGCAGAGGGUCGGACAGUGUCAGACGGACUGUCUCACGAUCAUGAGCACUGUAUCCGGAGUCAUCGCAGGCAUGUCCGACCAGUUCAUCUCUUUCCCACUAACCCAUGAGGCCAAAAAGAAGGUCGCGUUCAAGACAGAGAAAUUAUGUAGGAUCCCCAAUGUGCUGGGCGUCCUUGGCGCGGCUCACUUCAAGAUCAGAGCCUCCCCUUAUGAGACGGACACAUUCAGGGGUUUUAUCAACACCUUGGGGUACACAUCUGUGGUGAGCCAGAUCAUAUGUGACUCUGACGGAAACAUACUGAGUGUCGAAAAGUGUUGUGUAGGCAGCACGUUUGAGCAGGAGCUGUGGGAGUCGUCUUUCAAAGGGAGGGAAAUGGAGGAGGAAAUACACGGACCUUUUUGGGUUAUUGCAGGGAAAGGCUACAACUUAAGCAAACAUGUCCUGACUCCUGUGGCAGAACCUGCAAAUGACAGCGAGACCAGCUUCAACGAGGCCCACACAAAGAUCCACGACGUCAUGCGAACAACGCUCGGCUCCAUGAAGAGGCGCUUCAGGUGUUUAAAUCAACUCUGUUUUGCACAAGAAAACUCUUUGGCCAAGAAGUCCAAUAUUAUCAAGGCGUGCAGUGUUCUGCACAACAUCGCUAAAAAGUUCUCCGUGCCUCCACCGUCUGACGCUGGUCAAAUCGAGCCCCUGCAUCCCGGCAAGCAACGUGCAGAGCCAGAUAUCAACCCUGAGGCAUUAAAGGCCAGACAGAAACUCAUCAUUGCUAACUUCCUCAAAGUCUCUAGAAGCAGAAACCCACCAAGUAAAAAAUCGCUGAGGAGGUUGUGAGUGUAGCAGGUGUGCUGUCUGUUUCAGGAAGCCAAGAAGUUGUAAAUGUUGACCCUUGAAGGACAAACACUGGAACCAAAAACUGUUCUAAUCUUUGACAGUUUGAGACCAGCUGAUGCUGUGCAAUAAAGUCUGUACUAUUUAUUUAUUUUAUUUUUUUCUAAUAAAAAAUAUUUCAUGUCUUG